AUGAAGGCUUUUGGACUCUUGUGCUUAUUCUUGCUAUUAGAGACAACUGCUUUUAUGUACUCCAGCAAAGGAGGCGCCGGUUUUAAUACAGGUAAUGAUGCCGUGACAUGGAUAGUGAAAAGCAGAAAGCUCACGUUACAAUGCUUAAUCAAGAACGUAUUACAAAUUAGUGACAUGGAUUAUCAGCCUAUUGACCCUGUCCCAAGGUCAAAGGUAUCAAUUAGACCGGGACCUGUCAUGCACGGUUCUCCUCUAUUGCCUUACAUCCCUAAACCUUGUCCUUCUCCAAGGCACGGUGGGUACAACCUUGGGGCAUUCGAUUUUGGUAUCCAAGGCUUCUCCUCUCUGCCAAAGACCACUGACAUGUGGUGGAGAAGUAAGGAGAGGCAGUGGGAGCUGGAGGAAGAACACAUGAAAGGGGUUUCUAUUUUUCCUGUGCAAGCCAUGAUAUUCUCAAAGCAGUAA